CCGUGAACGCACCAUGUCACCGGUCGCUAUAGCCUAGCCUGCUAAUUUGGCUAAUCUGAUUUAUCGUCUGGUCCGAGCGCACGUAACGUCGGCCGAGGCUUAACAACUUGACUCCCUCGCCUCUUUACAGAUUCACGCCAUAUCUGCCCGGCGCCGGAGAGCCUCUUGUUCGGAGAAUGGCGUCGCUUGGGGAGCCUGUGCGUUUGGAAAGAGAUAUUAACAGGGCCAUUGAACUGCUUGACAAGCUCCAGAGAACGGGGGAAGUUCCUCCUCAGAAGCUGCAAGCCUUGCAGAAGGUCUUACAAAGUGAAUUCUGUAAUGCUGUCAGAGAAGUGUAUGAGCAUGUGUAUGAGACAGUGGACAUUAACAGCAGUCCUGAAGUCAGAGCCAACGCUACAGCAAAGGCGACCGUGGCAGCAUUUGCAGCCAGUGAAGGACACUCGCACCCGCGUGUUGUAGAACUGCCCAAAACAGAAGAAGGCCUGGGAUUCAACAUCAUGGGUGGAAAGGAACAAAACUCUCCCAUUUACAUCUCACGGAUCAUCCCGGGUGGCAUUGCCGACCGACAUGGUGGCCUGAAGAGAGGCGAUCAGCUUUUGUCUGUCAACGGUGUCAGCGUGGAAGGUGAGCACCACGAGAAAGCCGUGGAACUCCUCAAAGCAGCUCAGGGCACGGUGAAGCUGGUCGUGAGGUACACACCCAAAGUCCUCGAGGAAAUGGAGUCACGCUUUGAGAAAAUGAGGUCGGCAAAACGUCGGCAGCAGAACAACUAUCUCCAGUAGGGUUGUUUCAUGUCGACGCCAGCUCUUAUGACUCUCCUCCUCCAGCCUUCAGGCCAUCUGUUCUGGUCUGUUUUUCUAUAUUCUCACUCAAAAAAAACAUUUUAACCUACACACACACAUAGUUUUAGUACAUCCACGCGUGCUAUAUGUUGUACUUCUACCAUGUUUUGCAGCGUUAUAAAUAUUCACCGAUGGUUACUGUACCCAAAGUCUAAAUAUGGCCACCAAUCAGAAAACACUUUCUUCCUCUUGCUGGGUUGUCCAGUAUUACAACUGUGACAUGCUUACCUGCCUCUUUAAGCAGUGAUUGAAGGGGUUCACAGUUUGGUUUGCUGAGAUUCCACUUCACUCGCACAUUGUUUAUUACUUUAAAAUCAAAAGGCAACUUGAAUAUGAUCUUCCGCAAAGGUCUUUUAACAAGAAAUGGUGUUUGCAAUUUUUUUUUAAUUACAAGCUUUUACAAAGCUUGUUACUACUCUUUUCAGUUCAUCUCAUUAGAAAUAGUACAUUAAAAAAAAAACAUUUUUAACACUAUAAAUGUGCACAAUGAAAGCAGCGGGUUUUCCGUGUGGAAGUUUUGCUGUGCCGCACUACAGCAGUGGGGAGACACAUUCAACUGAAUAUAAAAGAUGGUUCUUUUGUUCCCAGCAGUUAAAAAAUGCCCUAUACCAAGCACAAAACAUCCAUCAUGCACACACACAUUUAACAGCUGCACCAUAGUAGCAUGUUUGUUUACACUUUGUUUUAGGCUCACUGUGUGUAAAAUGCAGCGUUCAAUUAUUCAUUCUCUGACUUCCUCAUUUUAACAGACGUGUGGCAUCGCAAGAUAACGCCAUUCUCAAAAAGUGCACAAACCGCUGCAAGGCAAGAGUUGAUAUCAAAGUUUCAUUUAGUGAGAUGUAUUUGGGAAUUGAACUUAAUAUGAACCUGUCUUGGGAGUACUUUGUAAUGUAAUAUUUUGUGUAAGAAUACUAUAUUUUUCGGAUUAUAAGUCGCUCCGGAGUAUAUGUCGCACCGGCCGAAAAUGCAUAAUAAAGAAGGAAAAAAACACUGGAGUAGAAGUUGCAUUUUGGGGGGAAAUUUAUUUGAUAAAACCCAACACCAAUAACAGACAUUUUAAAGGCAAUUUAAAAUAAAUAAAGAAUAGUGAACAACAGGCUGAAUAAGUGUACGUUAUAUGACGCAUAAAUAACCAACUGAGAAGGUGCCUGGUAUGUUAACGUAACAUAUUAUGGUAAGAGUCAUUCAAAUAACUAUAACAUAUAGAACAUGCUAUAUGUUUUCCAAACAAUCUAUCACUCCUAAUUGAUAAAUCCGAUGAAAUCUUCUUCCUGGAUGUCGCUUCUAAACAACUCUGCCAACUCCAAAGGUAUGCGGCGCUUCCUCUUGUCGUUUUCUGCUGCAUAUUUCACUAUGUCCAGGUUGUAAUCUGCAGUACAUGAUUUCCUCUCGGUCCAAUUUUUGUUCAGCCCUUCUCAGUUUUUAUAAAUUACCGCCAACGUUGAAAUGAUCUAUUGUAUUAGUUACGGCAGUAGCAUAUAGCAGUAAGCAUCCCAUGACCCACAAUGCACUUCUGCCAUGACCCUCCCCCGCCGAAUUCUUAUUGGUUGACGUGUGUGUGACGAUUGCUGACAUUUUCUUCGCCUCUUCCGUGAAUGUGAUAAAUAAUGUUAUUUGAUAUUUUACGGUAAUGUGUUAAUAAUUCCACACAUAGUAGUAUAUGUCGCACCCCUGGCCAAACUAUGAAAAAAACUGCGACUUAUAGACCGAAAAAUACGGUACACAGUUGUACUCAAUUGCUGUCUUUUCUGUACGUGCUUAGAAAAUCCCCGUCAUGACGAUAUGUUAACAACUCAGUGCUACCAUGUGACCUUUCAGUCAAAUACCUUAACCUCCUCAGACCUAGUAAAUGUUACAUUUCUCAAAAAUAAAUAUAUAAAUACGUUUUUUUGAGGGGGGGGUCAGAAAUGUGUUUGCUCACUUUUUAUGCAAUAUCUACUUUCACAGUGGACUACAAUAUCUGCGGUAAUGAUAUUUUUGUAAUCAUCUUAUUUUGUGUUUAUACAACAGGGAAAAACAUUUUAAUAAAACAAUCUGAAAUUAUUUACACUUGCCAAUAUAUUUUUAAGGAUAAUUGUAUUAAAUGUAGAAAAAUGUCGCUUGAACUUCAACUUUUCUUGGGUUUGGCGUUUUAUAAAUAUUGUGCCACACUUUUUCAGUCACAUUUGAAAAUUAUAAAGCAGCUUUUCGUCUUGGUUGCAUUUGUGGCGUUAACUAUCUUACUUCUCUAGUGGCCGUAAGUCAUGCUAGCAGACAUUUUGGGAAGACCAUUUCAUUGAACGAACCCUGUGCUCAGCACAACCCUUUUUAUGCCUGUAUGUGUUGUUUGUAGCACUAGAAAUAUGGUUAUAAAAAUGUAGUGUUGGGUCUCAGGAGGUUAGUUAUCAAAGACACAAUGUGACAUGAAGGAAAACCAUUGUAACACGUUGUCUUACUUGAAUAUUUCCCAAUGUCGUGCAAAGAACGUCACAAGAUGUACAAAUGUUGAUUAAGUGUCAACGUGAAAAACAUAAUAAAAAGUUACUAUGCAAAGUAUUUAAAAAAAAAAAAACUGGGGCAUGUAACCUCAAUUGCUGCAAAAUAGAUUGUCGAAAUAAGAAUGUCAAGCAGAAUGUGUCAUGGCCUGUGUGAAGUCGACACACGUCCAACAAGCACAGUUCAAUACAAGUAACUUUAAAAAUGCUUGGGCCUUCACUUUUAACGUUCGUUAAUUAACUGCAAUAUCCGUGUUGAUUACAAGCCAUGUUCAUGAGGCAUCAGACAUGUACAUAAUCUUUUGGGAUAUCCUAAUAUAUUUUUAGCUUAGCAACAUGUUAGAUUUCAUGCUCGCACGAAUUGUAACCCACUGAAUGUCUCCGUGCAUCAUCUGACGUGGUUGCAAAAUGUUGCGAAUCACCCUUCAAGUCUUCGUGUUGGGAUGGUCAAUAGAGUAUUUUUUAUAAUAGCUUUCUUUUUCAAUUUUUCUAAGUGUUUUUUGCUAAGAAAACAAAAAUCCAAGGGGCGAUGUGAGUUUGUGCUGAGUGCUUAGCAGGGCCGCAUGAGGCGUUUUUGGUUGGUAAGACUGUGCAGACAAACUGGCCUACAUCAAGGCUCCCUCCUGAGAUCUUGACUGAUUUUUGUGCUCCUUUUAACUCCAAGACCAAACAUGCAGCAUCUUUGAAGCUUUUGAUAAUGUUUUAAAAGCUAUUUUAGUCUGUGCUUGUUUUUUCUUUCUUUAUCUGUAGAUCGUGCUGUUCAUUUUGUUUUGUUUUUGUUGUUGUUCAUGUGGAAUGUAAAAUGUAGUAAGUAAUAAAAGUGAAAGCUAAAUAAACCUAA